UCUUUCGAUUCCAGACCGCCCCCGCUCGAGUCCCUCGUUUUAUAUACUCUCUGCUCCAUAUUCCCUCCUUGUCCCGGUACCCUAUAGCCCCCACUAGCUCGCGGUCCUUUUCCUUUGGGCUCGCUCGAAAUCCAACAUGCUUCCGCUCACGCUCUUCGCAGCGCUCCUCCCCUUGUUGGGCCAUGUCCUCGCUCAGGACGGCUCCCUCUCCGGUCCCCAGAGCUCUUCCAGCGCCGCGGGCUACUCCUGCGACCCCAACAGCUGCAAGUUGCCCAAUUGCAACUGUGCGAGCACCGACCCUCCUGGUGGCCUCAGCCCGUCCGACACGCCCAUGUUUGUCGUCUUCACGGCUGAUGAUGCAGUCCAAAGCUACACGCUCGACGCGGUCAACCAGUUCCUCGCCCACCGCAAAAACCCUAACGGGUGCACGCCCAAGAUGACAUAUUACACCUCGAUCGACUAUACCAACUUCACCCUGGUCACCGACUGGUAUGUGGCGGGCAACGAAAUUGCCGAUCAUACUAUGACCCACGUCGGCACGCCACCGCAGGACGAGGUUACCGGUAACCUGAUCGCGCUCAACCAGCUCGCCGGUGUCCCGCUCUCGUCCAUCAUCGGCUUCCGCGCUCCUUUCCUCAACUACAGCGUCGACACGCUCAAGAUGCUCCACCAGCUCGGCUUCACCUACGACUCGUCCGCGUCCGCGUCUCUCCCCGUCGACGCCGACGGCACGGACGCGUACUGGCCUUACACACUUGACAACGGUAUGGCUAACGACUGUCUCGCCGUCGACGGCAUCUGCAAGGGGGAGCCUAAGCUCCCUGGAUUCUGGGAGAUCCCGAUGUACGCCCUCUUCGACGAGCGUGGCGUUGACGGCAUUCACUUGAUGGACCCUUGGCUCGACGCUGCAAACGGCGCAACUGCUGUGAACGACACCGCUACGCUCCAGUACUUGAAGUCCACUUUCACCGCUCACUACAACGCGAAACGUCAGCCUUUGGGUCUCUAUACGCACCCGAUCCACGUCUCUCUCUCUGUUCCGGGAUCGACGGCGUCGAAGUCGACUAUCGCUAUGAUCAACAGCUUCCUCGACUGGGCACAGGAGCAGCCUAAUGUUUGGAUCGUCUCGUCCGAGCAGCUCCUCGAGUGGGUCCGCAACCCGGUGCCGGUCUCGCAGCUGGACAACUUCGCGCCGCUCAAGUGCUCCACGCCCGCGGUAGACUCGUCGAUGAAGAUCUGCAACGGUAUCCCGCAGAACGAGCAGGGUCUCGUCGAGCUCUGCGCCUUCAACGACUUCCCCUUCUACACUUGCUACGGCUGCCCAGCGGACCACCCUAGCCCGUCCGACCCCAGCCCUCCCCAGGCGACCGGCUCGCAGGCACCCCGUUUCCGUCUCUCGUCCAACUGCUCGACGCCGUUCUGGGACCCGAUCAAGGGCCAGUGCAUCUGCAACUCCUCCACGUGCGCCUUCACCGACGCGUCGCGCCCGAUCGGGCCCAACGGCGCGAACCUGACCGGGGACCAGGUGAACUCGACCGACGGCUCGUCGUCGUCCCAGACCGCGGACCCGUAUGUGCCGUUCAACGCCGCGGCCCCCCAGCUCCCCGCGGGCGUGACCACCGCCCUGCUCGUGGGCGUCAUCGGCGCGUUCGUUGGCGCCGUCGGCGCUGUUGCGAGGAUCUGAGCGCCGCUGUUCUCGUGCGCGCACGUUUGAGCUGGUCGCGACGAGGCCGGGGUUGCCGGCAAGGCAGGACAGACAGUGUACUUCGUUGAAGGACCUGUUCUUCAUGACGCUGACUACGGACUCACGUGAACACGAAUUGGCUCCCCCCCUUCGCUAUUGACUUUUACGCCCUCCUCUCUACUGUUAUCCCGCUCUACCUAUUACACAUUCCACCACAAGUAGCAUGGACAUUCGAGACUCACGCAUUCACACUCGGUUCGUUCAGAACUGCUGCACCAUACGGCUGUCUUUCUUUCGUAGCUAUCAUUAUGGACUGGCUAAUCGAUGCAUUCAACGGACUUUGCAUCUUGAUCGCGUCAAGUGUUUGACUCCCGUGCUUGGAGACGAGUGCAAGUCGUGGCAUGGAUGAAUCGCAAGAAAUGACAGCUAGAUUGCACUUAGAGAGAUACGUAGGAUAGUAGUAUACAAUAGUGCAAGACGACACAUCGACAGGCGUGUGGAAGACGAAUAGCUAGGCAGAUGCAUACGACACUCAAUCGACCCAGAUCGGCUCAUUGUGGUAGAUCGCCUUGGGGCGGUAAGGACCACCCUUCAAGCCCUUGACCUGCAUGCGAGUCUGCACACUCCGAUGAACGUAGAACGGCGUAUGGUGCUUGGGGAUCACACGACCGCGGCCCAAGUUCGCUGCGAGAGCCUUCACCAUCUUCCGUGCCGGCGGCGGUCCCUGCACGUGCUGGGUCAUCGGGAUGAACUCCAGGAUCCACCAGUAGGGCGCGAGGACGAGCUGGUCGUACAGCGGAGACAACAGGUCGCGCACUUCGUGCUCCUCCUCGCUCACUACGGGGACCGGGGGCGCGACGGUGUCGAAGUGGGGCGUGUCGGGCUGGAGCGGACCGGGACGCUCCUUGACGAUGGGGUGGAGCGCGGCGGGGUCGAGGCCUAUGUUCUUGAGCAGCUCGGCGUGGAAGCGGAUGCCGGUGUCGCACUUGAAGCAUUCGCGGAUCAUCCAGCGGAGGGGGAUGCGGGCCAGGCUGUGCGGCGUGUCGUUGUUGACUGAGCCCCCUCCGACGUCGCAGUGGCAACCAGCGAACCAGACUUCCUUCGCGUCCGUGCGUUGCUGGUGAGACUCGGCGAUAUCGAAAUCGCUCUCGUGCUCCGACCGCUUCUUCUUCUUGAGGGUGGGCCUCUUGGGCGUGGACCAGCCGACGCGCGUCGCCCAAGCUGUGUCCGACUUGGGCAUUUCGCCCGGUUUUGUACCACGCGCCUCCUCGUCAGUGGUGUGCUGGUAGAGGUUCGCCUUGAAGCGCGCACGGUGUUCGUCCAACGACAAGGCAUGCCUGAACACACGGAUGGCCGUGUUCGACCUCGUGAACGGAAGGGUGUGCGGAAUGACACCGACGGAGGAUACAGUGUCCCUGAAGCAUCGAUGAGCAUAGUUUCUGGAAAUUGGAGACACCAUUGUAUACCAAACACCAAUGAAGUCAAUGUCGACGUCGAUGCAGAACGCCUUUUUGAAGGCGGUCGAUUGCUUCCAGCCGACGUCGUCGUCCCUCGCGUACAUCUUGUACGCAAAUGGCACCUGCUGAUGAUUGCACGUGGGCAACAGGCCGACCUUGUGGAGCAUCCCAGCUAGAGCACGGGCGGUAUAUGCGCCUCGCGAGAAGCCGAAUAGACAAAUCUUGUCCCCGCCCUGGUAGUUCUGCAUAAGGAACUCGUAACCGCCCUGGACAUGUGCGGCGAGAUUCCACGCGAUCAUCUCGUCGAGGACCUUGUCGACCUUGGCCAUGAUGGGGUUUACGCCUCCUAGGCCGAUGUAAGUCCCUAUGCCCGACUGAUAGUAGCACAUCUGCUCGUCCCUGCUAUCCUUCUUGAGCAAGCUGAAGAAGGUCACAAUAUUCGAGUUAUCAGUGUCGAACUGGUCGCCAGUGCCAUCGAAGCAAAGCACUAGCGUGCGUGCAGGAUGGUUUGGAGGGAUGACAUCGUGAUCGCCCGUCUCGCUCGAGGAGGAGUGCGAGGAUGCCUGGCGCUGGUCUGAGAAUGGAGAAGGUGAUGAGGAGGGCUCUGUGCUCGCGCUCUGCGAGAUACUGAUAGGAGCGGGCCGCUGAGAGGAUGCGGCGUUGUCGGUGGAUGCUACGUUGGUGGACAUCGUGGGAGGGUAGGCCGCGGAUGGCGAGAAGGUGAAGGGGCCGUCCGAGGGAAGACCGUACUAUAUACGCCGGGGGAUGGGGAUGGCUGGCAGACAUCCGGUAAUCUGGUAAGAGACGGCGGUAUAGAGCUAUGACACGAGCCGCCUGAAGGACCGGACAGCAAGGACAUGUGAAGCUCGCGAGUGUGAAUCUACGCGAGCAGCUCUGGCCCAUCUAUGCUGGACGCUCUUUAAGGUAAUGAAUGGAAGCUGCCCCUUCUCCCGAUUCGGAUGACGAUCUACUCAGGCUGAGAUGGCGCUAGAUGUCCGCGCUGGCUCGGGGCAUCUGCCAUCAUGCAAUGCGCCCUCGUCGGGCGCGACAGCCAAGCCCCGACCCCGUUCGGCGAAGGGGCUCUCCGGUGCAUCGCAAAGGGCGCCCUGGGUGGUGUUCAUCCUCGACAAGACAAAUUCCCUCGCGGGCGUUGAACGGUCCUCAAGGGCGAGAUCGCCGGAGGUGCACGGAUGACCGGCCCAGUGCACAUAGCCUCCCGGGGUAGGCGGAGCGCUUCCGGGUUUUCACUGUCGAACCUCUCAAAGCUCGCCCACGCCAGCUAACCGGUGCGAUCGUGAGCCAGCCUGCAAGGCGACG